AUGCCUCCCGCCAGCAGCAGCAGCACACCCACCAUGCCCCUCUCACCGCUCCGUCCACGCGCAGCCUCGCGCCCAGCUCCCCCCGCCCGCAUCAAGUCGACGCGCGCCCAGACCGUCUCGCUCCAGGAGGAGAACCUCCCCGAGGCAGACGAGUGGGAACCCGCGAGCGGUGAACCCGACUUGACGCUCGACGAGAUCCGCGAGGCGAUCGGGGCGAGGGAGGAGGAGCUCAAGGGCAGGGGGAGGGAGCUCAGCGGCAGGACCAUCGUCGUCGUGCACUCGCUUCCCUAUGUCUGCACUCUCCACAAGACGACCUCGCACACGACCGGCCUCGACAAGCACAUCCUCCCUGCCGCAGAUGAGGAGUCUGUCCUCGGUUCGGGCGCCGUGACGCCUCUCGAAAUUCAGCCUGGAGACCCUCUUUUGCGCCCGCGUGCCCUCCACUCCCCGACGAGCCAGUCGCUCCAGUCGCACAAGCACAAGAUGCCCCCCUCUUCCUUCCCUGACCCGGCAAAGAGCCUCCGCCCGUCCUUCCACCCCGCUCUUCCUCCCUCCCGCGCCAACUCACCCGACCCCGACGCCGCCUCGUCGAACGGCAACUCGAACCACGCCGCCUCGGCGGCCGCGGCAGGCGCAGGCAUCUCGCGCGCCCACACCCCGGCUCCUCACGCGAUCCCGCAGCAACAGACGCACCGCUGGGUUUUGCACCCUCGUCGCGGCCACGCCGCCCUCAACUCCGGCCUCCGCUCGCUCAAGGACCGCCCGCUCCUCGUCGUCGGCAGGCCAGACGACUUGAUGAGCGCCGACGGGGACUUGAUGGGACAGAACCAGCUGAGUGAUGACGCGAAGAAGGACUUGGAGAAGGGGCUGAGGAAGAUGGGCGGCGAGGACGACGAGGGGAUUGGCUGCGUGCCGGUCUGGCUGGACGACGGGCUGCACACGCGUUUCUACGAGGGCAUGUGCAAGGAGUACCUCUGGCCCAUCUUCCACUACCUCUCGCUCCCCGACAACAUUAGCAAGAAGACGGAGCAGGCGGCGUGGGACGCCUACUACGAGACCAACCUCGUCUACGCCCGCAAGGUCGCGAGCGUCUACAAGCCUGGCGACUUGAUCUGGAUCCACGACUACCACCUCCUCCUCGUCCCGCAAAUGCUUCGCGACCUCCUCCCGAACCAGUCGCCGACCAUCUCGCUCUUCCUUCACUGCCCCUUCCCCUCGUCCGAGUUCUUCCGCUGCCUCCCUCGCCGCGAGCAGCUCCUCGACGGCAUGCUCGGCUGCAACCUCGUCUGCUUCCAGACGCACUCGUACGCGCGCCACUUCCUCUCGUCGUGCGUCCGUGUCAACGGUUACGAGGCGCGCGCGGGCGGAGUCGACGUCCACGGCCGUGUCGUCCACCUCGCACACUGCCCGAUCGGCAUCGACGUCGACAACGUCGAGCAGGACCGCAACUCGCCUGGCGUUCGCCCGAAGAUCGAGGCGCUCAGGAGGCUGUACGCCGGCAAGAAGAUCAUCGUCGGCCGCGACAAGCUCGACCCGACCAAGGGCGUCCUUCCCAAGCUUCGCGCGUUUGAGCGCUUCCUACACGACUACCCCGAGUGGGCCAACAAGGUCGUCCUGAUGCAGGUCACCUCGCCUUCGCCCGGCGACUCUCCCGCUCUCGCGACGAAGGUCUCCGAGCUGGUCGACCAGAUUAACGGCACCUACGGAUCUCUCGAGUUCCAGCCCGUUCACCACUACCACCAGACGAUCGAGCGCGACGAGUACUUCGCGUUGCUCUCGGUUGCCGACCUGGCGCUUGUCACCUCCCGCCGUGACGGCAUGAACACGACCUCGAUGGAGUACAUCAUCUGCCAGGCCGAGGCGAAGGGCUCGCUCGUCGUCUCCGAGUUCACGGGUGUCUCGUCGCUCCUCAGCAAGGCGAUCAAGGUCAACCCGUGGGACCUCGGCGGUGUUGCGCGCGCGAUCGACUCGUGCUUCAAGAUGCCCCUCGACGAGCGCGCAGCGCGCCACAACGUCCUCCACCGCGCCGUGACGAGCCAGACUGCCUCGGUCUGGGCGCACAUGAACAUCCUCAAGCUGCUCGAAUCGCUCCAGGGCGAACAGGCGACGCAGAACACGCCUUUCCUCGACGAGAACGCCCUCGUAGCCAAGUACGAGGGCGCGAAUCGCCGCCUGCUCAUGUUCGACUACGACGGCACCCUCACGCCCAUCGUCAAGGACCCGAGCGCCGCAACGCCAUCACCCCAGCUCCUCCACUCGCUCGAGACGCUCGCGGCCGAUCCGAAGAACAUCGUCUACAUCAUCUCGGGACGAGACGGUGCCUUCCUCGAAGAGCACCUCGGGCACAUCCCGAACCUUGGCAUGAGCGCCGAGCAUGGCUGCUUCCUCCGUGCGCCCGGCAGCGGCAAGUGGGUCAGCUUGACCGACGACCUCGACAUGGACUGGAAGGCGGACGUCUUGCGCAUCUUCCGCUACUACGAGGCUCGCACGCAAGGCGCGUUCGUCGAGAAGAAGGUGUCGAGCGUCACGUUCCACUACCGGAACGCCGACCCCGUCUUUGGCCUCUUCCAGGCCAAGGAGUGCCAGGCUAUGCUCGAGAGCAUGCAGGAGAGUCUGCCGAUCGACGUUCUCGUCGGCAAGAAGAACGUCGAGGUCCGCCCCGCGCACACCAACAAGGGCGAGAUCGUCCGCCGCCUGCUGUACCAGCACCCGGACGCCGAGUUCUGCAUGUGUGCUGGCGACGACAAGACGGACGAGGACAUGUUCCACUCGAUGGCGCGCAUCUUCUCCAACAGCACGCCCGCGCUCGGCGGAUCCGGCAAGACGCUCAUCACGCCGCCCGAGUCGUUUGCGCUGUUCCCCUCCUUGGCGCAGGCCGCAAGGGCGAGCGCGCCGGAGGGUGCUCUGCCGGAGGACCUGAGCCAGCCGGUCGAGAGCAAGCUCGACCCGAGCGCGACGUUCAUGAUCGCCAUCGAGGCCAAGGAGACGGCUGGCGCCAAGAUGACGAUGGCCAACGCCGUCCUCGAAAGUCCCGCCGCCAUGAUCUCCCUUCUUGAGCGUCUCUCAGAUAUCUCUACCUCGAAGCAAUAG